UCUGACAAGUCGAGAGCUCUGUGCAGACGGCAAGAAGAGUGGCACACACACAAAAAAGACUCCUUAGAGGAACUUGGUGCCAUGUACCUUUAAGAGCUGAGGAUGGAAACUGAGAACCCUUUUAGUCUUUGCAUAGUGACAGACUGGAUGAGAUGGCCGUCCACCAUCCCUAGUGCCUUGACACUGAUGUAGGUACAUCCUAUCGUUUCUGUUCCUGCUAAAAUCAGAUUCAGUUAGCUGAGACUUGGAAUAAUGUUUCUGCUCCAAAAUUUAGAUGAAGUUCAUGGAUUAAAUAUUAAUUUUGCACCAUGCAUAAAAGCAGAAUGAUGGCUCGCUUGAUACCUCCUACUCUAAUGAGAAGAUUUCUCAACAUUUGUGUCAACCAGGUAGUUCAAAAGAAUAUUUGUUGCAAAGGCUGCAGUGUGGCAGGAUCACAUUGAAUCGUUCUCCUAAGCAAGAGCUAUAGAUUCCUUUUGAGGCACCCCACUGGCGAAUUCCUCAUGACGGCUCCACCCUGCAUAUUUGGGACUAGUUGAUGAAGAUGGAGGUAUUGCGCCGCUCUUCUGUCUUUGCUGCAGAGGUGAUGGAUGUGUUCGAUCGAUCUCCCACUGACAAGGAGCUUGUAUCUCAGGCCAAGGUGCUCUGCAGAGACUACAUUCACUCCAGGCUGAUUCGGGCUGGAAUUGGCUGGAACAAGCCUGAAUACGGUGCACCUGCUCCUGGUGGCAAGUUAGCAGAGGUGUCAGCCAUACUCCUGAGAUUAGGUGAUGAGCUGGAGUACAUUAGACCCAACCUUUAUCGGAAUGUUGCGCGACAGCUAAACAUCUCCCUGCACUCAGAAACCGUGGUGACGGAUGCCUUCCUGGCAGUGGCAACUCAGAUCUUUUCUUCAGGCAUCACGUGGGGUAAGGUGGUGUCGCUGUAUGCUGUGGCAGCAGGGCUGGCCGUGGACUGUGUGAGACAUGCCCAGCCAGCCAUGGUCCACACCAUUGUAGACUGCUUGGGGGAAUUUGUACGCAAGACCUUGGUGACGUGGCUUAAAAGGAGAGGAGGCUGGACUGACAUAACGAAGUGUGUGGUGAAUACUGAUCCUAGCCUUCGCACCCAUUGGCUUGUGGCUGCCAUCUGUAGCUUUGGUCACUUCCUGAAGGCCAUCUUCUUUGUGCUCUUGCCAGAAAGAUGACAUCCAAUUGCUAAGUGAAGCCCAUCUCCUUCUUGGGGACCCAGGCAGCAUAGAGAAGGGAGAGGAAUGAGUUGAGGGGAGGGUCAGGCAAAUAUACAUUCCUUUCCCAGCUGCCUAAAUGCAAAGACUUUUUCAGCAAUGGGAAAAAAUUUGUCUGAGUCAUUUCUUGCAAUGCCCUUUGCACUUUGAGUGGUUAAAAUCUUGGUCACAAGGGCAGGAGACUAAUGUGCUUGCUGCUCAGUGAUUUCCCUCCUCCCCAUCCAAACAGUGUCAUAUUUACACAUAAGAAAAGUAAAGAAUUUUAGCCGAAGCUGCCAACAAGAAGACUGUGCCCCUUUAACUGUAAUAUGGCAGCUGUCUAGUGAGUUCUUUUGGGUGGCUAGUACAUCCUCCAGCCUUCUCUGAACAAUGCACCCUUGAGGCUCAUGGGGGCUUCUGAAGUUAAGAGUUCUCACAGCUAUACAAUUCUCAAGGGUGAACCACAAAGGGAUUCUGUGACAUGAACAGCAAACUGUUUACUACAUCCUUACAUGAGGGAUUUGGAAUGAGUUAAACGCUAGGUUUGACCCUAAUGGAACAAAAUAACAGACCCCUCAGAUGAUAGUCUCAGAGAAUCCCCGCCCCCCAAGCUUGAGAAAGUUGAGGGUGCAAGUGACUCCCUAUGGGAGUUGUACUUUGUGGGGAAAGAAGUGUCAUAAUGUCUUGUAUCCACUGCCAUGUGUUUAUCAUGUACAACUGUUUAUUUUGUGGUAAACAAUAAAU